ACCCAUUUGUCCAUCUCUCAUAUCUCUAUCUCUCUGUGUGUAUCAGUUUCAGACUCGGUCAUGGCGGCGGCAACUUCUUUCUCUACAUCUGUAGCAGCUCCAUCGAAAACCCUAAAACCAGUUCACUCUUCUUCUUCUUUGGGUUUUAAAUUAGGGUUUCUGUCUUCAUCUUCUAAAACCCUAAAACCUCUUCUUCUUCGUGUUUCCAACAACAAUGUCUCAUCAUCCGCCGUUGGAUCGGCUGUUGCAUCGACCAUGAGUGUUUCAGCUCCUACCAAACCUUUGACUACUCUUGAUUUUGAAACCUCUGUGUUUAACAAGGAGAAGGUCACUCUUGCUGGAAAUGACGAGUAUAUUGUCAAAGGAGGAAGAGAUUUAUUCCAUUUGUUGCCUGAAGCAUUCAAAGGAAUUAAGCAGAUUGGUGUUAUCGGUUGGGGUUCUCAGGGUCCUGCUCAAGCUCAGAACUUGAGAGACUCACUUGUAGAAGCCAAGUCUGACAUUGUGGUCAAGAUUGGUUUGAGGAAGGGAUCUGCUUCUUUUGCUGAAGCACGUUCUGUUGGUUUCACUGAGGAGACUGGAACUUUGGGUGAUAUAUAUGAAACUGUUGCUGGGAGUGAUCUUGUGUUGUUAUUGAUUUCCGAUGCUGCACAGGCAGAUAAUUACGAGAAGAUAUUCUCCCACAUGAAGCCUAACAGCAUUCUUGGACUCUCCCAUGGAUUUCUUCUUGGACAUUUGCAGUCCCAGGGGGUUGAUUUCCCCAAAAAUAUGAGUGUGAUUGCUGUCUGCCCCAAGGGAAUGGGUCCAUCAGUUAGAAGACUCUAUGUCCAAGGAAAGGAGAUAAACGGUGCUGGAAUUAAUGCUAGUUUUGCUGUCCACCAGGAUGUUGAUGGUAGAGCAACAGAUGUUGCCUUAGGAUGGUCUGUUGCUCUUGGCUCUCCUUUUACGUUUGCCACUACUCUCGAGUCAGAAUACAAGAGUGACAUUUUUGGAGAAAGGGGUAUUUUACUUGGAGCUGUUCAUGGAAUCGUCGAAUCCUUGUUCAGAAGGUACACCGAAAAUGGAAUGCCCGAAGACCUUGCUUACAAGAACACUGUUGAGUGCAUCACUGGAAUUGUUUCAAGGACCAUAUCCACUGAGGGUAUGUUGUCUGUGUACAACUCUCUUUCAGAGCAAGGCAAAAAGGAUUUCCAUGCAGCAUACAGUGCCUCCUAUUAUCCCUGUAUGGACAUCUUGUAUGAGUGCUACGAGGAUGUAGCGAGUGGGAAUGAGAUCAAAAGUGUUGUCUUGGCUGGGCGCCGAUUUUAUGAAAAAGAAGGCCUACCAGCUUUUCCAAUGGGAAAGAUUGAUCAAACAAGAAUGUGGUUGGUUGGUGAGAAAGUCCGAGCAACUCGACCAGAAGGUGACUUGGGUCCACUCUAUCCUUUCACCGCUGGAGUUUUUGUGGCUUUAAUGAUGGCUCAGAUUGAGGUAUUGAGAAAGAAGGGGCAUUCUUACUCGGAAAUCAUCAAUGAAAGUGUGAUCGAGGCAGUGGAUUCUUUGAAUCCCUUCAUGCAUGCACGUGGAGUUUCAUUCAUGGUUGAUAACUGUUCCACAACAGCUCGAUUGGGAUCAAGGAAGUGGGCUCCACGAUUUGAUUACAUUCUCACCCAACAGGCUUUGGUAGCAGUCGACAAUAACGCCCCCAUUAACCAGGAUCUUAUUAGCAACUUCUUGUGUGACCCUGUCCAUGGGGCAAUCGAAGUCUGUGCCCAAUUGAGACCAACUGUUGACAUAUCCGUGCCCGUAGAUGCAGAUUUUGUCAGGGUUGAGCUUCGUCAGUCAAGCAAUUAGACUUCGAAGGAGUUAAAUCGAACAUCACCACCAUCCUGUACAUGUGUUAAUCUGCCUUUCAAGAAGGCUGGGAAGGCUUCAAUGUUUUAGUUGUCUAUUCAGAGUGGUGAGGUAUAAGUUAGUGAGGUUUGUUGAGAGUUGCAGACGUUAGUUCCGUCUUGUUUUCCGGUGAACGGUUCUUUCCUUUUUGCUAGUAGCAUCUAAAUAAUACUGCAGUUCUAUUUAUUAAUGGACAACUACUUGGUCGUA